CUCGACUAUCAUCUCUACAGCCAUCCAAUCCCUGAUAGGUUUGCACCUGCGCACUUCAUCUCCGACAAUCUUCGGGAAGAACUGCAAAAGCGUUCCGAAGCAGUUCACACCAUUCCCUCCAUCCCAUAUCAUGUUCCUGAGGAGCUCCAAGGGUACCACUCCCUGAUCCCUCUUGAACCAAUAACACCCGAACGACGAAAGCUUGUUAGUUGGUAUUCGACUGUGUACCGAGCGACGAGCAUCAACGACGGCGCCGCUUACGUCCUACGUCGCAUCGAAAACUUCAGGCUGACACAUCAUGCUGCGUUCGGCAUGAUCGAAUCGUGGUCGCGUAUACGACAUCCGAACAUUGUCCGUAUUCGGGAGGCCUUCACAACGCGUGCAUUCAACGAUAGCUCUCUCGUCGUGUGUUAUGACUAUCAUCCAAACUCGCAAAGUCUUAUGGAGUUGUACUUUCGAUCCUUGUCACCAAGUGCUUUACAUGGCCAACUGUCCGCCGCGUCCAUGAACCGCAUACCGGAGGCUACCCUCUGGACCUACAUUAUCCAGAUUGCAAAUGCUAUCCGGGUAGCGCACGAAGCGGGUUUGGCAAUUCGUAUGAUCGACCCGGCGAAGAUAUUACUGACCGGAAAGAACAGGCUACGCAUCAACGCCUGCGGCAUCGUCGACGUGUUGCUGUAUGAUACGCGGCAGGACACUGGGCUUGCACAACAGGAGGAUCUUGUCAUGUUCGGUCGGCUAGUGAUCGCAUUGUGUUGCAGCAGUAUUACAGCUUUGAACACAUUGCCAAAGGCGCUGGAGGUCAUGGGCAGAAUGUACUCGGCUGAGAUCAAAACCCUAGCGUUGUAUUUGAUUUCGAAACCAGGUCCUCACAAGACCAUUGCGCAGAUCAUGGAGUUGAUCGGUACCAAUCGUUUGGUGCGCGAGAUGGAUGAGAUGCAAACUGCCAACGACCGACUUGAAGCGGAGCUCAUGAGCGAACUCGAGAAUGGCCGACUUGUUCGGUUGCUAUGCAAGUUCGGGUUCAUCAAUGAAAGGCCAGAGUUCGCUCGAGAGCCUCGCUGGUCAGAGACGGGUGACCGGUACAUAAUAAAACUCUUCCGUGACUACGUCUUCCACAAAGUGGACGAGAACGGAAGCCCAGUAGUCGACUUAUCUCACGUACUAACCUGUUUAAACAAGCUGGAUUGUGGGUCCGACGAGCGCGUAAUGCUCGUUUCUCGGGAUGAGCAGAGUUGUCUUGUGGUUUCUUUCAAGGAGGUGAAAGCGUGUAUCGAGUCGGCAUUCAGCGAUCUGUCUCGGGCGUCUCGGUAGUGAUCCUAAGUACAUACGUUGGUAUAAUUUCGAAAAACACGCGUAAAAUAUAGAAAAUCGUGCUUGAUAGCUCGGGGCAGUGGUAGUUGGCUGUCAUGUGAUUUACGGCAGAGAGCGC